AGCCGAGUCAGCGGAAUGAAUUAUACAAUGUUCAAGCAUGUUCAAUGAUGACACCAGAGAGAAACUGAGAGUGUCAGAAAAUAUUUUAAAGAAUUACUAUUUUAUCAUUUUCUGAAGGGUUUAUCCAUACUUCUGGGACAUCAAAAUCUUUGCAGUGAAACUGGAAAUUAAAAAAAAAGAAUGCAAAUACUGCGACUUGAUACUCUUGAUAGUUCCAAUCCAAUGUGAUGGCGGUAGCAGUAGUAGCCAGUAGUAGCUAACAGACAAGCGAAACAAAAUGUUCAAUUAGAUAUUUCUGUGAUUCACGCGAUGCAAUAGUGUCAUCGUCUUUAACCUUACGCGAAAGAAAUCUGCGGGUGAUAGACUGAAAAAUUAAAUUUACGUGUUAAGAUCGCGAACGGAAAAAUGGCAAAAUGUUUAGUCUUUGGAAUUCUAUUAUUUCUUAUUGUAAAUUUAGCGGCAGCAGAAAGGAUAAAGGACAUGAUUUACAUGAAUUUUGAUGGAGUUGCUGCAUGUUUUCGUAAACACAAUGGAACACAUCAAUUUGGAUGUUCAUCAAUUAGAUCAGGAAGUGUCGGUGUCAUUCAUGUAAUUGAGAAUGAAAGUGACAUCAGAUGGCUUGAACAUAACGCCACUGCUGGGCCUUAUACAAUAGUCUUGCCAUUUUCUAUGUUCAGAAAAGAUGUAUUGCACAGAUUAUGGCAUACGUACAAUGUAAAUGGAGUUCUGCUUGCUAAGAAUUCCAGUCAUCCACGUCCUGGUUCUUAUUCUCCUGAAGACUCCUGCCCUAAUAGGUAUUCAGGGUACAAGAAGUGUGAUGCACCUUGGAAUCCUUAUGGAUCUUCAUUACUUAUGGAAGAUUGGCCCUUCCCAAUGUUUUUCACAGAGAAUCAAACACUAAUAGAAGCUGUGAAAUGGUGUUAUUGGAAACAUAAUGCGCACGACUUAAAGAAUCAACAGUACAGAUCUCUAUGCGCACUGGAAAUGAAGUCGUUCAUGUUCGCUGCGAUCAAUUCCAACUCUUGCAUCAAACGUAGCGAUUUUAAUUUGAACUUUCACCCAACACAGUUUUGCGAUCCAUUAGGAGACAGAAACAUCCAUUGGCCUUUGGCUCCCAUAAAUAAAGACAAAAAUUCUGUAAUAUUGGUAAUAGCUAGAUUAGAUGCCUCCUCUUUGUUCGAUGGAAUAUCACCUGGGGCGGGUAACGUUGUCACAGGAUUAGUAACUCUACUUGCUUCUGCCUAUUACCUGAAUGCUCUGGCGAAGGAUACCGUCAUAAACGCGACAAACGUUGUCUUCUCGAUAUUAAACGGCGAAGCGUUUGAUUAUAUAGGAUCUAGUAGAUUAAUUUAUGACAUGAAAGAAGGUAACUUCAAUUCGUUAGGUGGUGUAAAUUUAAACUUUGAUGACAUUAAGAGUGUGAUCGAAUUUGGUCAGCUGAACAAGGGAGAAUUGUAUCUUCAUUCUAACAACGGAGAAAACAAUGAAGUUAUAAUGAAAAUUGAGAAAGCGUUAGACGCACAUGUUCUAAAAGACAGUGUGCCGCCUACGUCUAUACAAAGUUUCUUAGAAGAAAAGCCAAACUUAACCGCAGUUGUAAUAAGCAGUCAUGGUAAACAAUUUAAGAAUAAAUAUUACAAUGGGAUAUUAGAUGACGCGGAAAGCCUCGAUUUUAAUAGCAAUGACACGCAAGGACUUUCAGCAGCAUUGGCAAGGAUAGCGAUUAACGUCACUGAAAUUCUUUACGAAGAAGUGACCGGCUUUCCUCCACCUCCCGUGAACGAAUCCCUUCAAUCUGUCGAAGAUCUCAUUACGGAAAUGUUGACGUGUUACUUGAAAAGCGCUAGAUGUAAAUUGUUCCAAGCUGCUUCGGCCCCGCACGCCAAGAUAGCAAAUCAAGUUUUACCGCUGUACGUUGGCGUGCACCGUGUAUCGAAUCUUGCCACUACGUUAACCAGUCAGCUUCUUGCAUUUUUAACCAAGCAGGAAAUUGAGAACAUGAAUGAAACGACUUGUUACAAGAAACACUUCAUUUGGAUGGCUGGUAACAAUCCACCAGGCAUCUGCAUAAACUCCACCGUUAACUAUAGUUUAGCCAUGAGCCCAGCAUUUAGCAUCGAUGGCUAUAACAUGAAAUCGGGUAAGUACUCAACGUGGACAGAGUCCGUAUGGGAGACAUUAGGCGUAAGAAUGUUCCUGAAACCUGCAGCGACCACAGAACAAUUUACUAUAAUCUUAGGAAGUUCGAUAACUGGUAUAUCUUUCAUUCUCGUGUGGUUUAUCAAUUCCCGAGCCGAAAUACUAUUUAAUACGAGGAGGGGAACAGAUUGCUAGGAAUACGCCGCGGACCACAUAUCAAUGACCAAGCUGAGCAAUCAUCCAGAAGAUGAGGAUGUUCCAGUAACUAGCCUUUGAAUUUAUGUGUGGUACGCCCUCGGACAAUUUUUAUAUCACUAUAAUAUUUCAAAUACAUGUAUUUCGAUCCACAGACGUCCCAUUUAAAAGGUUGUCGCUUAUGUCAUGAUGACUGUUUAAACAUUUGUGCACUUGUUGUUAGUAUAAUGAAGUACAAACGACGACUCGUGCGUUCGCUUAACUUCUCUCCCCCUCCUUUGAUAUUAUCGAUAACUACGUGUGUCGAGUAUGCACAUUGUUUUAUAGAUGUGCAUUAUGUGUAUUCGACCGAACAUAUGGGAAUUUUUUGAAUUCCAUGAAAACUUGAUACUUAUUUGAAUGGUAUUACGUCUGUAUCACGAGAUAAGAACAUCGGGUUACGCUGGUACUAAAAAUUUAAUUGAAUUCUUCAUUUAAUUACGUUGUUUCUGUAAGUACGUAUUAUAUUUAUAAGCGUAAUUAGAUAAUAUGUAUUACAUCUAGUAAUCGAAAUAGUACUGUCGACGUAGUAUUUAAUUCAAUGUUCAUCUCUCAGUGAAGAUUUGUAAUUAUACAAAUGUCGUACGUGCAUUUUAUUCAUGUUUCAGUGAACUGUCAAAUAUUUAGUACCGACAUGUAAUAGCUAAUUCUAGCUGUUCUAUUUUUUUAUUUAUUCUAGUUAUGUUCGUGUUGAAAACACGAUUAACUGAUACGCAGGAUAAUUAAUACGUCUGAUGUGAUCGUUGCUCACGACAACCAAUAUAGAUAGUUAAUUGCGAUUAAAAAAUACUUAAGUAAUAAUGUAAAAUACGUUAGAAGAGGAGAGCAUCAUUCAUUAAAUCUUUUUCUUCACUACGAUCUAAAAUCUUUUUACACCAAUUACUAUAUGAUUGCUUACGAUUUCAUAGGUUUUAAGUGCGCAUAUAAUUGACUGAUGUCUUGUUAAACGUAUGAUGUUACAUGAGUUUGUCAAGAAUAAAAUAUUUUGUAUCGUAAA